AUGGUGGUCGACCGGACGAUGGCCACCCAGGCUGACCACAAAGAUGAUGCUGACCGUACUUUGCUCCCCUUCGUUGGACCAGAGACGAAAUUGACCUCUGUCCAAAGGUUCAAAUUGCUGUUCAAAAAAUACUGGUAUGUGCUAGUUCCGGUGCAUUUGGUCACUUCAGCGUUUUGGUUCGGCACGUUUUACUACAUGGCCGUGAGUGGCAUCGAUAUAGUCGGUUUGUUGCACACGUUAAACGUUAGCGAUACCGUCAUCAGUAAACUGAAUCGCGCUCCAAACGCUGGCCAUAUCGCUCUAGCAUAUGGUCUGUUUAAGCUAGCGUCGCCCGUUCGGUACCCGGUAACGGUAGCCGUAACAGCGAUAAGCGUUCGUUACCUGGUCAUUUGGGGGUGGAUCAAGCCAGCGCCGACCCGAGCCCAGGUCAGAACCUACGUGGAUUUGAAAAAGCGCCAGAUCCGAACCCGCGUCGAGAGAUGGCGUUCCAAAACCAGAGCGAUGGCCAGAAAGACGACCGAACGACGAAAAAGUAGUUAA